AUGAAGUUUCUCAUGGGUUUUAAUGAUGCUUUUGAGCCGACUCGCCGUCAUAUCUUGAUGAUGAAACCAAUUCCUUCGAUUGAAGAUGUCUUUAACAUGGUGGCACAAGAUGAGCGUCAGAAGUCGAUCAAACCAAGCUUGAGACAGGACAAUGUUGUUUUCCAGAAUUCUGGACCUCAUGAUGAUACUCGUUCUCUGUCAUCUGAGGAUAACGUUGCGUUUGCUACACAGUACAACAACAACUAUCGUCCUCGUCAGCGUCCUCUUUGCACCCAUUGUUGUCAACUUGGUCAUGUGGUGAAUAAAUGCUUCAAGCUCAAUGGUUAUCCUCCGGGUCAUAAGUUUCACAAUGCCUCUGGAUCCAAUUCGUCUUCUCAGACUUCCCGUGGCUCGAACCAGACUCCUGCUCAGUCUCAGAAUCGAUCUCAGCCACCAUCUUAUCAGAAGAGCAAUACAGUGGCAACUGUGAUGAAUGCACCAUCUACCAAUGCCAUCAACAUUGACUUGAGCCAACUCAACACAGAUCAAUUCCAGACUUUGCUUCAACAGCUCCAAAGUCAUGUUAAGUCUUCUGCGUCUCUUGUUCCUGUUCAACGUGCGUCUAUUACUGAGGGAGGUCAUAUGGCUAGUGAAUCGUCUGCUGGUAUCGUCUCUUCUCUUUCUCUUGAUAUCCCUUUUCCAUCUUCUAGCCUUCGUUUUGAGAACAAUUGCCUUACUUUUCAACACCAAUGCCUAUCAUCUCUUUAUAACUCUUUGCCUAGUGGAUCUUGGAUAAUUGACAGUGGAGCCACGACUCACGUUUGCUCUGACCUGUCCUUGUUUAGUGAAACUUUUUCAGUGACUGGUGUCACAGUCUCUCUCCCGAAUGGCAUUAGAGAAUCGAUCUCUCAUACUGGCACAGUGCAUAUUCAUUCAUCAUUGACAUUGCAUAAUGUUCUGCAUGUUCCUUCUUUUCGUUUUAACUUGAUCAGUGUUAGUAGCCUUCUUAAAACUAAUGAUCGUUCUGCUCAUUUCUAUGCUGAUCAUUGUAUCAUUCAAGAAUCUAUUCAGGGCUUGAUGAUUGGUAGAGGCAAUCUUAUCAACAACCUUUACAUUCUUCAAGUCAUUGCUGAUUCUCCUGUUUCUUCAAAUUUCUGUGGAUCCUUGCUCGAUGAUGGUUCUCUUUGGCACCAGCGCCUUGGACAUCCAUCUCCGGCCAAGUUACAACAUAUUUCUGGUAUUCUGCAUCUACAUAAAGCUUCUUCUCCGCAUCAUUGCAGUAUUUGCCCUUUGGCCAAACAAAAACGUCUUUCUUUUCCGUCAAAUAAUCGUUUGUCAAAAUCUCCUUUUGAUCUUGUUCAUUUGGAUGUUUGGGGUCCUUUCUCCGUAGAAUCUAUAGAGGGUUACAAGUACUUUCUCACCAUUGUUGAUGAUUGUAGUCGUGUAACUUGGAUUUAUAUGAUGCGUAAUAAAAGUGAAGUUUCUACAAUUUUCCCGGCUUUUGUUAAAUACAUUCAAACUCAAUAUCAUUUGACUAUAAAGAUCAUUCGUAGUGAUAAUGCUCCUGAGCUUGCAUUUCCUAAACUGAUUCAUGAGCAUGACAUCAUUCAUCAAUAUUCAUAUGCAUAUACUUCUCAGCAAAACUCUGUUGUUGAACGCAAGCAUCAGCAUUUACAUAAUGUUGCUCGUGCCUUACUUUUUCAGUCAAAUUUGCCAUUGGUUUAUUGGAGUGAUUGUGUUUACACUGCCGUUUUCCUUAUUAAUCGUAUCCCUUCUCUUCUUUUGGAUAAACUUAGUCUCUUUGAAAUCAUUUCCAAGAAAACUCCGGACUAUUCUUUUCUUCGUUCUUUUGGCUGUUUGUGCUAUGUCUCUACUUUACCAAAAGAUCGAAACAAGUUUUCAACUCGUGCUGAUGCCUGUGUUUUCUUGGGCUAUCCCUCUGGUUGCAAAAGUUACAAAGUUUUACAUUUGGAUUCCAAUAUUAUUUCUAUCAGUCGCAAUGUGGUUUUUCAAGAAAAUGUUUUCCCCUUUCAAAAUGAUUCUUCUGUUUCUUCUGAUGAUGUGUUUUCAAGAACGAUUUUGCCUUUACCUAUUCCGGCUUGUCUUGAUUCACCGGUUUCAAAUCUUGGUCCUGUUGCAUCUUCUUCAUCUCGUGGCCCUGCAUUACAUACUCUUGAUGCAUCUCAUUCAUCUUUUGAUUCUGCAUCUCAUGUUCCUGAUGGAUCUCAUUCAUCUCAUGCAUCUGCAUCUCAAUCUAAUGCCACUUCACCACGAGAGACUGUUACACGAGGCACUGGACAAAGUCGCCUUCUCAAUGGCAUUUCACGACCAAAGCGUGCGUCAAAGGCUCCAGGUUACUUAUCUGAGUAUCACUGUUCCCUUACUCAUCUUUCCCAGCCUUUAGCUACUCCUUUUGACAUCCCUUCCCCUGAAACAAUACCUUCUUCCACCGUUUACCCUUUAUCAAAUGUCCUUACCUAUUCUGCUCUUGCUCCUUUAUACCAAACAUACGUUCUUUCCUAUUCUCUUGAGACGGAACCAAUGACUUUUAAGCAAGCCAUGACCUCUCCUCAUUUUCGACAUGCGAUGAAUGAAGAACUCGAGGCCAUGGAGGUAAACAGGACUUGGACUAUUGAAUCAUUGCCUCCUGGUAAGAAUGUGGUGGGUUGUAAAUGGGUCUAUACCAUUAAAUAUAAAGCUGAUGGUACGAUUGAACGUUAUAAAGCUCGAUUGGUUGCCAAAGGUUUUACUCAACAGGAAGGUGUUGAUUUCACGGAGACGUUUUCCCCUGUUGCCAAGCUCACAAGUGUGAAGUUGCUUCUUGCGCUAGCUGCUAUCAAGGGAUGGAGUCUAUGCCAUAUGGAUGUCUCUAAUGCCUUUCUUCACAGUGACUUGGACGAGGAAAUUUACAUGAGUCUGCCUCAGGGUUACACUCCUGCUUCUGGAACUCUUCCUCCGAAUCCAGUUUGUCGUUUCCACAAGUCGCUUUAUGGCUUGAAACAAGCUUCUCGUCAGUGGUACCACUGCCUCUCCGAUGUCCUUCUUCGUUCUGGAUUCAUACAAUCAGCGUCUGACAAUACUCUCUUUGCUAAACACGUUGGUGACAAGUUUACUGCCGUUUUAGUCUAUGUCGACGACAUCAUGAUUGCCAGUAACGACGAGGUGGAGGUUGCAUCUAUCAAGUCAUCCCUGAGCUAUGAAUUCAAGAUUAAGGAUCUCGGCGAGCUCCGUUUCUUUCUCGGUCUCGAGAUUGCUCGUUCCUCUCUUGGCAUCUAUGUUUGUCAGAGGAAAUAUACCUUGAAUUUGCUCUCGGAUGCAGGUUUGCUGGGUUGUAAGCCGAGUUCUGUUCCCAUGGAUCCUACUGUGAAGCUCACUAAGGAGUCUGGCACUGUUCUUCCGGAUCCCACUCCCUAUCGUGCUCUCGUUGGUCGUCUCUUGUAUCUGACCAUUACUCGGCCUGAUAUUACGUUUGAUGUGCAUUGCCUGAGUCAAUUCAUGCACUGCCCCACGGAUGUGCAUCUUGCUGCUGCACACAAGAUUUUGCGCUAUCUCAAGAACAAUCCAGGCCAAGGUCUUUUCUACUCUGCUUCUUCAUCGGUUUGCCUCAAUGCUUUCUCCGAUGCUGAUUGGGGAACUGAUACUGAGUCUCGUCGAUCGAUCACGGGUUAUUGUGUUUACCUUGGUCAAUCGUUGCUCACGUGGAAAUCCAAGAAGCAGGAUGUUGUAAGUCGAAGUAGCACGGAAUCUGAAUAUCGGAGCAUGGCUCAAACGACGUGUGAACUACUCUGGCUUCUGCAGUUACUCACCUUUUUGAGGAUUGAGGUAUGCACUUCUGCUAAGCUUUUCUGUGACAACAAGUCUGCGAUUUACAUCGCUACAAACCUCGUCUUUCACGAACGUACGAAGCAUGUGGAGAUUGAUUGUCACACUGUCCGUGAUCAAGUGAAGAAUGGAUUCUUGAAGUUGAUGUAUGUGGCUUCUGAGAAUCAACAUGCAGAUAUUUUCACGAAGCCUCUUCACCCUGGUCCUUUCUUCUCUCUUCUCAAUCGAAUGUCUGUUUCAAGCCUCUUUUCUUCUCAGUGUGGCUCUGAAACUUCGGCUUGA